UGUAAACAUUUAGGAACGCGUUUCCGUCCUCUAUCGCUUCAACUUCCAAAACCUUUAUUUCCUAUUGCGGGCGUUCCAUUAGUAGAGCAUCAUAUUGAUCAACUAUCACAGCUUUCUGGACUUUCGGAAAUAGUGCUUAUUGGCUCGUAUUCGUCGGAUCUUUUCACAGAUUUUAUUGGAAGAUGUCAACAAACUUACCGUAUCUCCAUUAAGUAUGCCCAAGAACAGCAGCCAAUGGGUAAGCUGCAGCAUGUUUGUUGCUAUCCUUAUUCUAGUCCAUUGUUUAGUAAAAAUGUGCAGAUGCGGGGUGUGAAACGCAUCCUUAAACUUGAAAUGUGUUUUGAAUCGAAAGUAGGCACCGCUGGUGGUCUGGUGGCUCAUAGAGAACUGAUUCUCAAAGAUUCACCUGCUGCGCUAUUUGUCAUUAAUGGAGAUGUUUGUGGUGAUCUUCCCGUCGAUGAGAUGGUUAACCGAAUUGCUACCCUACCCGAAGACAGCUGUUUACUUCUGACCACUGAGGCAACUCGAGAACAA